CCCGCCUCCCGCUCCCAGAACCAGAAGGCGCCGGGGGUGCUGGGGGAAGGUCGCGCAGGGGAGAGGGUCGCAACGCUGCCCUGUCGGUACCAUGCUGGCUGCCAGUAUCCGCAGGUUUACCACCUCUGCCCUGCGUAGGAGCCAUUAUGAGGAGGGUCCUGGGAAGAACAUUCCGUUUUCUGUGGAAAAUAAAUGGCGAUUACUUGCAGUGAUGUGUGGAUUCUUUGGAAGUGGAUUUGUCGCUCCUUUUGUUAUUGUCAGACACCAGCUUCUUAAGAAAUGAAGAGGACAGACUGUAAUUGCACUAGCUGGAGUUGAAGUCUUCUACACAGCACCUUUCAAUGGAAAAAGGAUAGCUGCAAUUGUGUACCAUGCUGAAUGUGUCUAAAUAAAAUCUUAAAUCUGAA